CCCAGUCUGUAUGGUGUUAGCUCCAUCCACUGAUCUGAUGCAGUGAGAAGCACAGAACACUGAGAGACACAAGCUGGCUGAACGUUCCAAAAUUCUACGUCAAACCUGGGAAAUGUACCGAGUGUAGCACAUGCCGGCCUCUGAAUAUACACAUCACACCCUGGGGACAUUCACGAAACAUUGUGAUGAGAGCUAGGGUUCUACAUUAAGAAGGGUUUCUGGCAACCUCAUCCUAGUAGAGAAAAAUAAUUCAAGACUAUCUGCUCCUGUGACCUUCAUUAUGAGCAGGCCGUUAUUCCAAGCCAGUAUGCCAGAACAAGAGAUCCACAAUGUUUGUGUUUGGCUGCCCAACAGAGAACAACUGGAUGUAACGGUUGGGGCGAAAGCCACAGGACAGGAGCUUUUCAACAAAAUAUGUGAAGCCCUUGAUAUCAAGGAAGCUCAUUUUUUUGGGCUUAGCAUUGUUAAGAAUAAUGAAUAUAUAUUUAUGGACCUAGAACAGAAGCUGAACAAAUAUUUUCCAAAGGAAUGGAAAAAAGAAACCAGCAAAGUUACUGAGAAGUUCAGCCCUCCUUGUGUUGCCUUUUUCAGAGUGCAAUACUAUGUAGAGAAUGGAAGAAUAAUAAGUGACAAGAAAGCAAGGCAACUCUAUUAUCACCACCUCAAAGAUCAAGUCCUAAGAUCCCACUGCACUCAUAAAGAGGAGAUUUAUUUCUUGCUGGCAGCUUAUGCUCUUCAAGCAGAUUGUGGAAAUCUGAAUGCGCACAUGAAAAACUACUUUGAGCCCGAGGCCUACUUCCCACACUGGAUAAUUGCAAAGAGAGGCAGUGACUACAUUCUAAAGCAUGCUCCUGAAAUACACAAGGAACAGGAAGGGAUGUCUGUUAAAGAGGCAGUACUCCAUUUCAUUAGGGAAUCGUGCUUGCUAGAGGAUGUGCCUGUUCAUUGCUACAGAUUGCAAAAGGAUAAGAAAGAGGAUCGUCCUUCUAUUAUUCUUGGGGUGACACUUCGAGGAAUGCAUAUAUAUCAGGAGGUGAACCAUGUGCAACAGCUUCUUUAUGACUUCCCAUGGUCGAAUGUGGGGAAGCUUACAUUUCUUGGCAAGAAGUUUGAGAUCCAACCAGAUGGACUUCCCUCUGCAAGGAAACUGGUUUAUUACACUGGCUGUCCAUUCAGAUCUCGUCACUUAUUGCAACUACUGAGCAAUAGUCACCGACUAUAUCUAAACAUCCAGCCAGUGUUAAAACAAAUUAGAAAACUAGAGGAAGCAGAAGAGAAAAAGCGCUACAGGGAAUCUUACAUAAGUGACAACAUGGAAAUGGAUUUGGAUCAGUCAGAUAAACAUUCACAAGGUAGCAGCAGGGGGAGUGCCAAGAACAAUCGCCUCUCAAGACAGUCAACAGUUAGCCAUAGCAGCUCACAUACCUCUGGUAUUGAAGCGGACUCGCAUCAUAGGAUGUCAGUCGAGAUGUCUGUUGAUGAACCCUUUGGGAUUGAGACUGUUCAUCGUAAGGAGAAAGCUUACUGCUCAACAAUUAGCCACAGCAGCUCAGGAAUAGACAGUGGCUGCAAAGGAAGAACAGAGGGAGACUCACAAGAUGAUGAGGUAGAACUGACAGUAGAUGAGCCACAGUAUCCCUCCAUUGAAGACCCUUUAAAAAUUGAUACACCUGGUUUGGAUUCCAAAGAAGAGUCUGUAGAUUCUCCAGGCUUAGAUGGUCAUUACUUACAAGAUUUUGAACAAUUAGUUUUUUCUACAAAUGCUCCAGUGAAGAUGAGAGGGCAGAGUGUGGAUUCCCUUGACCAGGUCAAAAUUUCAAAACCAAGGAAUUCCACAGAUCGAUACAGUCAAAGUUUAGACGAUGUUCGAAUUUACCAGCAGACUCAUCCUCUUCUAAACACUUCCACUCUAACAUCUGACACUUCUCAAAGUUACACUUUUGGGUGCUCAAUUGAGGAUAAGAUGAUUGACUAUGGAUGCACAUACACCACUGCAGAUUGCAAGAUGAAAUCUGCUUUAUUUGGAAAGCGAUCCAUGAAUUGCCUAUCUUUGGACCUUCUCGGAGAAGAACAGCUUCUUGAGUUUAUUCUGUAGAGUGAACAUAAUGUCCACAAUGACUGGACUGAGACUUUCACGAAUGAGUAGGCAGGUUUUACUGUCGCCGGUAGCUCGUAUGUUCAUGUUUGCAUGACAGGGAGAGACCUAUAUUACGUUGUAUUUUUAUCAUUAUUUACCUCUUCAAAACGUGAAAAAGUUAUUUUAAAUGGUUGCAAAAAUUGUGCUAUGCUGCAUGAAAAGACUCUACAAACAACUAAAUGCAUUUCAUGCACCAUUUGCAAUCUUGACUGAAAAUGGUCAAGCUUUUCUGUUUUUAUGCAAUUAAAAUUUUACAAGACUCUGGAUAUCGGUAAAAAGUAUUAAACCCAUUUUCCAAUGGAACUUAACUACCACUGAAUGUUUUUGUGGACCAAUGGCAGUAUAUAACUGGAAGUUAUUAUGAAUGUGGAAAACUACUACAGACUUUCCCAAAGCAAAACAUUUCUAUGCGUUGUGCCCUACAUCAUCUGGAAUUACAGUUUUGCCAUCAUUUUCGUUAACCUUUGGACACACAAUUGUGGCAAAGUGCAUCAGUCAGUUUUAUGGUUGUGGUAUUUUUUCUUUGUGUUUUUUUUUUUUAUUCUUCAGACAUAUGAAAUAGUGUUGAUAGUUACUGAACAAACUAUAAAAGUGCCUUGAUAAAAGUGUGAAUGUAUUUGCUAUGCAUUAAUGUAUUUUAAAGAAAAUAAAUUGUUCAUGUGUAAAUUAAGCAUGAUUUAAAGGGAGGUAAAGAUCUAAAAUUAAAUGAAGUGUCCCAUAGUCGGGGAGGGUUCAUCUAAUUAUCUCUUUAGUGUCACAACACUGUACAUUUAAUUUGA